AUGGGCACCAAGAUCUGUCCUACUGAUGCAAUGUUCAAUCAAGCCCCCGAGGAGCCCAUCACCAGCCCCGCGCAUCUGGAUGGCGUGGCCUAUCUCUAUGGACACCCGCUCCUGAAUUCACUGUCGCCCCCGCUGCACCAGACUGUCUACAAUGCCCUGGGCCUCAACUGGACGCAGAUUCCGCUGUCCAGCGUGACCGGCACCUCCGCCACCUACCCUCCUCCUUAUACGCGGUCUCCCGCCAUCGAGACCUUCCUGGCCUCCAUUCGCGCCAACCCCAAGUUCGUCGGCUCGUCUGUGACGAUGCCGCACAAGGUCGCUAUCAUGCCGCACCUGGAUGACCUGACCGAGCACGCCCGCCAGGCCGGCGCCUGCAACACCAUCUUCCUGCGCAAGGACCCUGAGACCGGUGCCCGCCAGUACGUCGGUACCAACACCGACUGCGACGGCAUUCGCGAGGCUCUCAUCCAGAACUCGCCCGAUCCCUCGCGCUUCCGCGGCCGGCCCGCUCUCAUCAUCGGCGGUGGUGGUACCGCUCGCACCGCCAUCUACGUGAUGCGCCGCUGGCUUGGCUCGAGCCGCAUUUACAUCGUCAACCGCGACGCUGACGAGGUCGCGACCAUCCUGGCCGAGGACCGUUCCCGCAACCCCGAUGUCACGGCCCAGGCACCCAUCCAGCACGUCACUGACCCCGAGGAGGCCGCCCGCCUCGAGGCCCCUGCUGCCAUCGUCUCCGGUAUCCCCAACUACCCGCCUAAGACCCCCGAGGAGCUGCGCUCCCGCGAGGUCAUCACCGCGUUCCUCGGCUCCGCUGCCACCGCCUCCACCCAGCAGGGUGUCAUCCUGGAGAUGUGCUACCACCCCGUGCCCUGGACUGAGAUUGCCCAGCUGGCGUCGACCGCUGGCUGGAAGGUCAUCCUGGGCUCCGAGGCUUUGAUCUGGCAGGGUCUGGAGCAGGCCCGUCUCUGGACUGGCCGCGAUGUCGUCGGCACCCCGGGCGUGGUGCAGGCUGUGAAGGACGUCGUCAACGGCUCUGUCGCAGAGCGGGCCGCGAAGAAGGCCUCGACCCUGUAA